AUGGCACUGAGGAAGAAAUUGUGCGAGAGUUCCAAUUUCAAUGGCAAACUUAUGUACACCUUUUCAAGGUAUUUUAGCUCAAAUAAGAUGGACUUAAGGAAGCUAAAGCCUAUGAUUCAGAAGAGAAUCCAAGACCGGGCUAAGGAUUACCCAGUACCGGGCAUGAUUCCAGUGGCCCAAGAGGUCCUUAAUUCCCGGAGGCUCAUUAUGCAAGGUGUCUCUACUCUCCUCAAAGUGUUGCCAGUUAUGGCCUGCAAGUUCUGUCCAGAAGUAUACAUAGGCGAGAAAGGCCACUUAAUUCAGACUUGUUGUGGUUUCAAACAUCGUGACAAGAAUCGCGUUCAUGAAUGGAUAACUGGUGGUUUGAAUGAUGUGCUUGCUCCAGUAGAGGCAUUUCACCUGAAGCACAUGUUCAAGGAUGUUAUUAAGCACCAUCAGAGGUUUGACUUUGAACGUGUUCCUGCAGUUGUUGAGCUAUGCUGGCAAGCAGGAGCAAAUGAUGAAAAUCGGUAUUCAAAUUGGAACCCGGAAAGUGAUUGUUUUAGUGUUGAUGGAGCUGAGUCAUUGCCAUCUGAUGAACUUCUUAUGAUUGCCAGUGGAACUUUGAGGGCAUGGGAAAUUCUCAGAAAUGGUGUGGAGAAGUUGUUGACGGUUUAUCCAGCAAAAGUUUGUAACCAUUGUUCAGAAGUUCAUAUAGGGCCAUCUGGGCAUAAGGCUAGGCUUAGUUGGCAGGGAACCCACUUUUGGAGAAAGGCAAAUGUAGAUGAUCUUAUGCCUCCAAAGAUUGUAUGGCGGCGGCGGCUUCAGGAUCCUCAUGUGCUUUUGAACGAAGGCAGGGGCUUUUAUGGGCAUGCUCCAGCAGUAGUAGAACUAUGCACACAGGCUGGUGCCGUUGCACCUUUGAAGUAUCACUGUUUGAUGAAACUGCAGGGUGUAGCUACACUAAGAAAUCAAAGUUUGUACCAUCCGAAAGAUCAAAUAGGGAAAUUGAAAGCCCCACGGAAGCUCCCUUAUCAUCUGAUCUUGGUUCUUGAGACACAUUGUAACCAUCAGAUAAAUGACGAGGGAGCCCAAGAUGGGCCCCACAAUGAAAUGGCACGUUUUGUCCCCUUCACUUGGAGCAUGAAAGAGCUGAGAAAAUGGGUAGCUUUGCUUUUAUGGACACAGAAACAAGAUGCACAGUGGAAAGAGUGA